CGCCAAAAUCCCAUUUCGGUCAUUCGUUCCCGCCACCAUGUCGACCAUGCAGCAAGCUCAGGUUGCGACGCGCAAGCGCCCUGCGGAGUCAACGGUGGAGGCACCCAAGCGUGUCAAGACCGAAGUUCGAGCACGUCCGUCGCUAACUGAGCUGCUGUCCCGAAAGGCAGCGACAGAGCCGCAGCUGUCGCUCUCCCAGACGUCGGAGGACUCGGACGUGCCUCUAGCGAGGCUCGCAGCACAGCAGAAGGCCAAGCGAGCGGCGGAACUCAAAUCCAAGACGCAACAGAAGCAACCACGAAUGCAGUCCAAAGCUCAUGGCAAGACAACGGAGCAGGGCGACGUGGUGUUCGAGCUGUCGAGUAAACGCCGCAUAACGGUGCGCAAGUGGAAGGGCAUGAAGUUCGUCGACAUCCGCGAAUUCUACGACAGUAACGGGGAGGCCAAGCCCGGCAAAAAAGGUAUCUCGCUCUCUCCAGAUCAAUGGGAAAAGCUCUACAGCUUUUCGGAUGCAAUUACAGAAGCUAUCGAGUUAGUAGAGGAAGACAAAGUGGGGAUUGAGUCACUUGCCGGCGUACCAGGCUGCAUUCUGCGGCCUGAUGGAGACAUCCGAGCCAUCGCGUUGCCGCUAUCGAGCAAACGCCGCGUUACCGUUCGCUACUUCCGCAACGCGGUUUUGAUUGAUAUCCGUGAGUUUUACGAGCAGGACGGAGUGGCGAAACCCGGCAAGAAGGGCAUCUCGCUCUCGAAAUACCAGUGGGUCGCACUGGGAGAAACUGCGGACGAGAUAACACAAGCAGUUGAUCGCCUAUAACUUGAAAAAAAACCAAGGCAGGACGAGAGUGGAAGUGAAUUUUUUUUUCAAGGCAUACGUGGCAAAGGCUGCGUUACUAGUAAACUAUUUCAAACGGCCACACGUUGACGCUUGUGCGGACUUGACGCUGUUGUCAGCACUUCUGAGCGUGAGCGCUUUUCUGUGUCCGUGCUGCUUGACGCUUUGGCUUCAGAUGUGGUGCUUGCCGCUCGCGACUCUGACGUAGGUGCCUUGGUUGGGGACGCGUCAAGGACAUCGUCCGACUUUGACGGAGUAGAACGCGCACGGGAGUUAUCCUGGUUAACCUCUUUCGACUUACGCUUCGGUGAUAGUGCUUUCUCCGGAGUAGCCUUGUCUGUCGUCUCAUUCUCCUUAGCAGACUGUGAAUCUUCAUUGCUGCUGGUUGCAUCGUCUUGCUGUGGCUGCUCCUUCUCCGUUUCCGAAGACUGUUCAACCUUGCACACUAUUUCAUCGGACUGUUUGUCUCCAGACUGCUCAGGAGAGCUUGGACGAUCACCCGAGGACUUAUCAGGCGAAUCAGUCUGCUUACUCUGAGCGUAAUACUGGUCCUUUGACUGCUGCAGUUGCUGUGGGUGAACACUGCCAGCCCCGUUGUGACUGAAGUCGGAAGGAACUAGAUUGAGACCGAGGACGCUGUUCUUGUUGUCGUGAAAAUCUCCUGCCAUUCCUCCACUGAGCAUGGGGUGGUGGCCGAAGAGACCUGCAUUCUGCGGACUGAAAUCGUGAAGGAGCAUGCCGGCUGUGAAAAAAAAAAUCGCCGUUAGUUAAACAUUCAACAUGAACGAGCUCAUGUUCGUUACAAAACGUACUUGUUGGUGACGGCAGAAUACCAGAGAGGUUGGGUGGACUCGGUAGUGGGCCAAGCAUGUGGUGACCUGACAUUCCUCCUAACAUCCCCAUCUACCAAAAACCAGGUUGGUUAAUUGAGGGAAACCACGGAAUAUACCGAAAAACAAACGUACCCCGUGUUGAUACAAUGGAAGCGACGGUGGGGUGUAACCAACGUGCUCCUUUUUGAGAAGUUGCUGGAAACCGCGAUGCACCCGCUUCUUCUGGGUCGGAGGUCGACUGCGUGAGUUGAGCAUGUACUGGUCAGGGUCAUUAGUGAGUCCCAGUGAGGCACCGUUCAUGCCUCCAUGCAUGUUCUGGAAUGACUGCACUGCAGCUCCGUUGGGGGUCGAUCCAUGGGCCAUGUUGAAGUUGCCUGAAGCUUCAGCGUUGGCUCCAGCCGCUGCUGCCGCCGCUGCCUCCUUGGCUGCUUGUUGCAACUGUUUCUUCUUCUCUCCGAACAUGAUUUCAUACUGCGAAAAGACAAAUUAUCAGCCAUUGUUGCGAGGUAUGAAAAAUGCACAGAUACUCACGUCAUUGUUGUCCUUGGUUUCGUAGGGCUCGCCGUAUUCAGUGUACUUGAGCAGGAUCUGGUCCACACUGGUGCUCGAGUAUUGGUAGAGCUUCUCGUUCGAGUCGAACACGAUGAGCGCGAUCUCGCAGUCGCAGAGUUUGGACAGCUCCAUGGCCUUCUUGAAGAUGCCAUUCUUGCGCUUGGCAAAAGUCACUUGGCGAUUGCGAUCGUCCUCAAUGCGCUUGAUUUGGAUCUUUUUGCGGCCCAUUGUGUUUUAGUUGCUGCUGUCACGGAGAGAGUUAGCAGAGGAUCUUAGAGGCAUCAACACGCCGUUGACGCACCUGGUGGAAAUAGCGCUGUC